AUGAACGACAGUUCCGGUCACGUUCGUCUUUCCUCAACCGGAUCCACUCGAGCUGCAUCUGCCGCCGCAAUGUCGACGUCGAGUCCAUGGGGCUUUGACACGAAGAAGCGAAAUCGUAUGUUGAAGAGAUAUCGGACUCAAGUAGCCUCUGCGACCUCGACGAUUUGUGCUACACUAGCUGUGACACCUCUAGAAAAUCUCAAGACUCGAAUGCAAACUCAUAAUUUCCGGAACCUCAAAGAGUGUGCAAAAUAUAUAUGGCGUACGGAGGGGUUUCGAGGUUAUACAGCUGGCUUUCUGCCUCCGCUCAUGAGUGUCACCUUUGUGCGGGUUAUCAGCUUCAGUACUUAUCAGGCCGUGAAAUAUCGCAUUUCCGACGAGUAUGAACGUCUCACUGGCGUCUCUCCUCUGCUUUACUACAAUCAGCCUGGCAGUGUUCCUAGUUUCGCGACAAUUACUACAUUUACAGUGGCUGGGAUGUGCGCAGGUCUCGCUGCCUCACCGUUUGCUUGCCCCUUUGAGCUAGCGAAAAAUGUCGUCCAGACAUCAGUAUUAAUGGCAUACCGUUCUCAAGCCUCGCCGGAUGCCGUUCGAGAUCCUCGUGUACGCUCAUUACCGCGCUUGGGCACCAUCCAGGCUUUUAGAAAAAUCAUCAGUCGUCAUGGUUUCCGCGGUCUUUACACCGGAUACUAUCUUCAUGCCAUUCGCGACACCAUUGGAACUGGGUUAUACUUUGGGAUAUAUGAAACAGUCAAGCAGAUCAUUGCCAAAGAGAUGGGCAAACCGGCGCAAACCCCAUUCGGUCCUCCGAUGGUAGCAGGUGCUUUGUGCGGGACUAUACCUUGGCUGGUUACUUAUUCACUCGACACACGAAAGACACGCGCCCAGAGUAUUCUACUCGGCAGAACAAAGGAGAUCGGUGAAGCCUCGGUGGCCGUGUCGAGAUCCAGCAUGUACAAGGGUCUCUCCGUUUCCCUGAUGCGGACUAGCUUCCAGAACAUGAUCCUUUUCAGUCUUUUCGAAUACACCAAGGCUCAGAUCAAUAGCCUUGAGACAUGA